GGGAUGAAAUCAGGUCCCGGAGCCCCUUCCCACCGCAAGUGUAGGUCUCCACCUCCUGGACGCCUUCAGUUCAUUUUGCAACGCAGAUCCUGCAUCCAGAAGGCUAGGCGGCGAGUGGUGGCUGCAGCAGGGUUGGGACUGCAACAGGGUUGGGGCGGGGAAACCGAGGCACCCGCCCUUGGCAACCUUGGGCUCACCUGGGCUGUCCCGGGGCAGCAGGCCAGUAGAGACAGCUACUGCCUCCUUAAACUGGCGCAGGGUGAGAGCGUACUUCCUGCUGCUCUGCGGUUCUGCUUUGGCCGGAGACCCUGGACCCCCUGGCCCAAGCCGAGAGGUCGAAGUGGAGAACCCACAGCCAACCCUGCGCUGGGUGGCCCAUUUCUGGCCCUCUCUGAACCUUUCUCCAAAACAUUGAAUGAGGGGUUUCUCCACCACUCCACCCCACCCCAGCAGGGAGCCGGGGCAUUGGUGGGAAUAAAGACUCAGCAGCUGCCAGCUCUGCCCCAGGAGCUUAACUGCCUUCUUGCAACUUCAUUGACCAGCUUGUGACUCCUCCAGGAUGGAUGCAUGGAUGACACUGCUAGGCCUACAGGUCUUGCUGCUCCCUCUCCUGGCUCACUAUACUGCCCACACCUCCACCCUGAGCUUUGUGGCUGUGGGUGAUUGGGGAGGAGUCCCCAAUGCACCGUUCCAUACAGCUCGGGAAAUGGCCAACGCUAAGGAAAUGGCCAGAACUGUGCAGAUGAUGGGUGCUGACUUCAUCAUGUCCCUGGGGGACAACUUCUAUUUCACUGGUGUGCAUGACGCCAAUGACAAGAGGUUCCAGGAGACCUUUGAGGAUGUGUUCUCGGAUCGUGCCCUCCGCAAUGUGCCCUGGUAUGUACUGGCUGGGAACCAUGACCACCUUGGCAAUGUCUCAGCACAAAUUGCCUACUCCAAGGUCUCUAAGCGCUGGAACUUCCCGAGCCCUUACUACCGCCUGCGCUUCAAAAUCCCACGGACUAACAUGACCGUGGCCAUCUUCAUGCUAGACACAGUAAUGUUGUGUGGCAACUCGGACGACUUUGUCAGCCAGCAGCCCACGAUGCCCCAAGACCUGGGAGUGGCCCGGACCCAGCUUUCCUGGCUCAAGAAGCAGCUGGCAGUAGCCAAAGAGGACUACGUGCUAGUGGCCGGCCACUACCCCAUCUGGUCCAUUGCUGAGCACGGGCCCACCCGCUGCCUGGUCAAGCACUUGAAGCCACUGUUGGCCACAUAUGGGGUCACUGCUUACUUGUGUGGACAUGAUCACAACCUGCAGUAUCUUCAGGAUGAGAAUGGAGUGGGCUACGUGCUGAGUGGGGCCGGGAACUUCAUGGACCCCUCUGUGAGACACCAACGCAAGGUACCCAACGGCUACCUGCGCUUUCACUAUGGGUCUGAGGACUCACUGGGCGGCUUCACCCAUGUGGAGAUAAGCCCCAAAGAGAUGACCAUCACCUACAUAGAAGCUUCUGGAAAAUCACUCUUCAAGACCAGCCUCCCCAGACGACCCAGACUCUGAACUCCCCCAGAAGGGUCCUGCUUGUCCCUUCCUAGGCCUGAGGCAGGGGAGCCUCUGCAAGCACAGUGGGUGGACCCUGUGAGGACCACCCCCCAACCCCCAACCCCCAAUCCCCAAUCUCACAGGUAUCUUUCUCUCUGGCCCCUGGUGAUCCACCUGAGUGGGAAGGACCACAGAAGUUCACAUAUAGGAAAGAAGCACAGACACAUGGACAUAUGUCCCAACCCCACAGCCAGGCUCAUCCACACUGAAAUUUGGGGGGAGAGCUUUCUUCUGAAUCAUGUAUUUUUCUGUCACUACUAUUCAAUAAAAGAAUAGUUGUCAAGACUGCA